AUGUCUCGUAAACUGUGCACUUCGCUUACCCCAAAAUUGUUGAAAUACGCAUGUGCCGAUGUGCCUUUUUGCGCCGAGGAUUUCGACUUAGGCGACGCUUUCGAUCUAGGCAGCUACGCGGAUCCGCAGACCUUCUGCCGCGUGCUUGGAGAGCCGUCGUUGGAAUUCAAGCUACCACAGGCGGACACCGAUGAUUCGGCGGAGGGAAAUCAGUUGCAGAUGUGCAGGAGCGUGGAAGUCUACGAGAAAGAUGGCUGGGGUACAACCAUCACGGCGCUUGCAGCAGGACAAUUACAGGUGCAGGUUGUCGGCAGGUUCUGUCCAGUGGUGAACGAGCCGUACAUGAUGGGCAGGAUCGGCUGCGCCUCGCUGCUAAGCAGCCUGUACACCAUGGGUGUCUCUGGACAAUCGGUGCUCAUGCAACUCACGAUCAGCAGGAAGCUCACCGAUUUGCAGCGCGAUGUGUGUGUGCCCCUAAUGGUGCGUGGCUUCGAGGACGGCUGCAAGGAGGCUGAUGUCAAGAUUUCUGGCCAACAGAUCGAGUGGUCACGCUGGCUGAGCAUUGGCGGCGUUGCCUUGGGCUUUUAUGACGCAUCGAAAAAGUUCAUUGUGCCGGAGCAUGCCGUCCCUGGCGAUGUGCUCGUACUGACCAAGCCUUUGGGCACCCUCGAGGCCACGUGUGUCUUCCCAAGGCUUCAGGAACCCGAAAUUAGGGCCAAAAUAUUGAGGCGCAUCUCCGAACAAGCUUUGGGCGAGGCCUACAGACAGGCGCUCAAGUCGAUGGGCCACCUAAACCGCACGGCCAGCCUCCUAAUGAACAUCUACAAUGCCCACGCGGUCACCGCCAUUGGCGAACAUGGCUUCAUGAAGCAUGCCGAGGCCCUAGCGCAGCGUCAGCAGGAGAACGUCUCCUUCUGCAUUACGAAUAUCCCAGUUAUCGCCGGCAUGCAGCUCAUAUCCAAGAGACUGGUAAAAGGUCUCUCGCCCGAGAUGUCGGGCGGCCUGCUCAUCUGCAUGGCCCCGGAGCAGGCGAGCCAAUUCAUUGAGCAGUUCAAUGAGGCGGUGGGCUACCAGCCAUGGAUCGUGGGCUCUGUUGAGUCGGGCAGAAAGACCGUCUACAUGGCCGAAGAUGCCCGCAUCAUUGAGCACUUUUCAGACAAUGGCAUCAUUGAAUUCGAUGAAUAA